UAUACAUAUAAAAGAUGUCUGCUCGCACUAUACCCCUGUAAAAAAACAGCCGACAGUUAAGCAUCAGAAUGCAUAUUGGGCUCAUGCACAACAGUGCUUGUGCCCAAGCCUCAGGGCCGAUCCGCAUCAUGGCGAUGCCCCCGCAGGCUUCUGCGUAAGGAAGAGGGAAGCCACGGUCACCCUCGCCGCCGUGUCAACCCGCGUCCCGCAGAAGGCUCGUGGUUCCCAUCGAUCGCCACGGUGAUGAAGCUUCGCGCACUGCACUUCGACAAUCUGAGCGGCACCUAGCAGUCCUAACACACACGAAUGCUGGCGCACCAGUAACAACGAAAGCGAUUGGUAUCGGUUUUGCCUCGUUGCCAAUAGAUCUUCAAGUAACAUUGACAACAUUUUGUAGAUAUACGUCAAUGCAUGGCGAUAAGCGGCGCUCCAUGGCGCCGCUAUCUGUCUUCUAGUUGAACCGUUUUCAUUUUUGGGCCGGUUUGGUAUUUUAACGAUGGCAGCUAGGUUUGAGGAUUCGAAUUUACCAAUUGUGAGCGAUUCAUAUCGCCAACAAGACAGUACACAUACUGAAAAACACGACGUGUUCUGAUUCGGAUCGAUUAUGUGUGUUGUUGGCCCUAACGUUUUUCAAACUGUGCUUAACGUGCGCUUAUGUGUGCUUAGUUAAACAUCAAUGCGAAACACCCAAGUCUGUCGUCCUGAGGACAGGAUUAAGUUAAUGAGGAGCCUUUUAGUGAGAGUCGACGUUGCAGUUGGACUGUACUAUAGUCACUCAAAAUCUGAUUGUUUUUUUCACAAAGAACAUUCCGUUCAAAAUAAUGCUCAGCUGAAACAUAGCCGACUCUUCGAAGAAAGCCGGUUUAGAAGUGCCCACAUGUAGGCGCGUUCGAAGCUGCUGAUUGGAUACGAAACAGUUCUUAACAGCGCCCACUUACGAGCCUAUUUUGAGGGUCAUCUGAGUGCGGUCUUUCAUGCCACAGUUUACUUGUUUUGCUGCUGAAGAGAUGUACACCUUUGCUGCUAUUGCUGUGUGAAUGGAACGUCUUAUUUUGUGUACCGCUAUAAUCUGUGAAGUGCUAUCGAAUGUUAUGACACUUGGAUAUACUUGCUGAGACACAAUAAAUAUAUAAAUAUGCAUUCAAAAUACAUGUAAGCUGUGCUUCGUUUGCAUUGUCCCUGCCCUGGACUUUUUAAGCCAUAGUAACCUAAAAAUAUCGGCACACCUUCAAGUGGUAUUACGGACCGUAGCCGGAUGUGGCGCGUUUAAAAUGGGUCGUUUCCGCCAUCGUGGUCUCUCGCAAAAACAGCCAGCCCAAAAAUCCAGCGUGCAAAGCGGCAUGCUGUGCCCUUAGAGAUGAGACCGGUAUUUGUCACUGUGGGGGCGCUGCUUUCGUCUCCUGUUCUGGCUCCGCCCCCACUGAAAGCGACCCAUUCAUUUAACCAGAACAGCUUACCGCCUUUACCAUCGUUUGAUUAUAGAAACCACUUGCGUGAACAAAUAUUGCCCCAGGUGAUUUAUUUUCGGUCACAUGCCAUGCUUCGCAGGGAACAUGCUCGUCGAGUGCUAGUAGAGGCUCCUUUGCUUGUCCAUGAGGAUCCUGCAAGGAGACAUGAUAUGUCUGAUGCCGCUUGGUUUGUCUCGUCAUCGGAGGAUCAGCUAGCACAAAACGACGCUUUUGAUUUAUCGUCUCAAGAUAUUCCGGUAGACCAUAUAGUUGGCCAAUCGGAACUCCCAUCCACAUCAGUCAAUACAGGGACUAAAAGGUUUCAAGCUGGUAUUCAGCGAUCGUGCACAGAGAAGUCAAGAAAGUCGCCGUUGACAACGAAAGUGGCUGAGGAAGCUACAAGCGCGGCAAAGGACAAAUCGAAAUUAAUGUUUGCAAGUGCAGAUGCUGAGUCCGGAAGAGAAGACGGUGCUGGCAGAAUAUCAGGGCGCCCAAGUAAUGUCGGACCCAGUUAUCAAGAAACAAGUUUAAUUUUCCCGUCACACGACAGGGAAGUUACCUUAUCAAACCAAGAAAGCAGUAUAGUCUUAUCGCAGGAGAGCGAUAGCGUCACAUUACCGAAUCGAAGUAGCAGCAACAGCGGCAAUGCUGCGGCAUCGAGCCAAGCCAAUAACAACCAAACGUCAAACCAAAAAGUCAAUACAGGGUUAUUAAAAAAAAAUGCAAUCGGUAUUACGUUGAUUAAUGAUAAACGAAAUGGUGCGUCAACUUUCGAUAAAGGCGAACACGAUUCGGUAAAUUCUGGCCAGACCACUAGCGGGGCUUCACUAUCCGAUCAAAAAGAUGGUCAUGCCGGUAUAGCUCAGAGCCAAAUUGCCAUUCAAGAUAGUGGUUCUAUAUUUUCGCAAGCAACAGGUGCUGCAUCUGAAUCAGUUCAGCAAGGAAAGAGUAAUGCUUUGUUACCGAACUUGCGGAACACCCUUGUGGCAUCAGGCCAUCGAAGCAACUCUGUCCUGACGAACGAAGAGAAUGGAGUUGUUGUUGUUCCAGGCCAUGGGAGUGGCGGGUCCAGUUUGUCAGGCAGUCAGACAAGUGGUGCCGUUCUACCUAAAGGAAGCAGCAAUCUAUUAACCAAUACUGGUGAUAGCGACGUAACGCUAUCGAAGGUGAGCAGUAGUACGACUGAUUUAACCCAAGGAGUAAGCUCUGGGCCGUCGAACAAGGGGGCCACUCGACUUGUUCUAUCUAGCCAGACGAGUGGUAGCGUACCUCAUAAAAAUCCUGCUGUCCAAGAUAAUUCGCGAUCUUCGGAUAAGUCAGUGAUACAUCGGGAGCUUAAUCUUGAUCAUCGGCCGCUCGAGGGACUUCCACAGCUGAUGGACGAGGUAGAGCAAAAAUUUGCGGAAAUGAGUGAUGUCGUUGACCCAAAUCGCGUCCAGCAGCUUGCCAAGGUGAUGGCGGCUUGGGACGCCCACCGUAAGAAAGUGGAGGAAAGCCUGGGCCUGGAAGAGGGUGCUGACGUUGCUGACAGAAGACCUACAAUGCAGACGACAACAUCGAGUUCAGCAGCUACAUUUCAACUCUUUGGAACUUCGAGACGUGUGGUUGGACGCAGCUGGCGACGCAUUGCAUCCCGUCUUUUUACAGAUUCUCUUAAAAAAAUGUUGCUCAUAUUUCCUGGAACGAUCUGGUGUGGCGCUGGAAACAAAGCAAAUAAUGACACCGAACGUCUGGGAGCCCAUAACGAAACCGACGCGUGCUGCCGGGAACAUGAUUUGAACAGUGAUUAUAUCGCCGCCGGCCAGAUUGCCCACGAUUACGGCAAUAUUCACAAUAAGUACUCAUUUACAAUGAGUAGUUGUGAGAGCGAUUCGCGAUUUCGGGAGUGUCUCCUGCGCAACGUGGCUGGAAACGGCAGCGAUUCGUCCGAGGCGGUCGGAUACCUUUAUUUUACGAUUAUUAAACCCAAGUGUUUCACCAAAGUGCCCAGCACAACCAUUGCACCUAGUGGCAACUGCACUGAGGCUAAAGAACGUUGCGGGCGAUCGGUUAACAGCGACGUAAACUUAACGGAGUGGACAAUCCGUGAAAACCCAGAUUUCCCCGAGCCAGAUCCUCGAAAUCGUCUACUGGACGCAGUGCUUGCGGCGCUAUCGACCAUCCGUUAUCUGUUUCCACGCGGUCUUGCCGAAUCCUCGGGAUCGAUACCACUUUUUGGGUAGAAAAAGGGGUGCACUCUCGGUUCCGCGUCAAGUCAAAACGUGCUUUUAUGCACAAUUUGCAGUACUGCGCAAAAUUGCUUUAUACAAGUAUUCUUCUUCAAUAAUGAUGAUGAUUGUGACCGUUAAUCAGUUGACGCAACGAUACAUUCAGGGGUGCCAAUCGCACUUUCGAUGUGACGAAGUUCUAUUUUAUUAAGGAUCAAUGUUAACAUAUUUAUUAUUUACACACCACCUCUAAUAUGAUAUACGUAUUUAAAAUAGAAAAAAAAAGUGUUUUGCUUAUGAACCGAAGUACAAAUUGUGCCUUCUUAGACAUUUUCGCGACCAAUCACACAUUUUGAAAACUUAUCUCACUUCGUGUCUACCAAAUUUCACAUUUCUCUGGACUUUAUCCAAACAUCUAACUUCUUAGUCCUAACUUAUUUAACAUUCUGCUUACCUGCGAAAAAUUCCACUGCGGCUUAGUUAAUCUGUUAUGACUAGGAUCUUGAUAGAUGUUAUUUAUAUCGGCCUCAGCUUGCGCUCAUAUAUAUAUAUUAUAUGUACAUGUAUAUGUAUAUAUGUAUACGUAUAUGUAUAUAAGAGCAGUCCGCACUGAGAACGAUAUGAUGUUGUACCGACAUCUGACUUAACAGGGCAGGCAGUCUAUCUAAGUUAUAAAUGAAUUUUAGUUGAAGAUAACUAUUAUAUGUUGAUAUCAGUGUUUGUCGGAUAUCAAUAUUUUGUGUGAUAUACUAUUAAUGUGUUAAUCACAAAUUUAGCUAUGGAUA